CCCUUGAUCAGCACUGACACUGGCUAGGCAAGGUAGCGACCAUAUACACAACACCCGCGUAGUAUCAACGACGCACCGCCAUGGCCAAGCUGCACCGGCUCAUCUCGGUCGUGCUCAGGCUCGUCGCGGCCGUCACCGCGGCCGCAGCGGCGAUAAUCAUGGUGACCAGCCGCGAGACCACCAGCUUGUUCGGCCUGGAAAUCGAGGCCAAAUUCUCCCACAUUCCCUCAUUUAUCUUCUUCGUGGUGGCCUACGCCGUGGCAUGCGUCUACAGCCUGCUCGUCAUCCUCGUGCCGCCCGGGGGCGCCGCCUCGAGAUUGGUCGUCAUGACCGAUGUGGUAAUGGGGAUGGUGCUCACCGGCGCCGUGGCGGCCACGGGCGCGAUAGCGGAGGUCGGGAGGAACGGCAACGAGCACGCCGGGUGGCUGGCGAUCUGCGAGCAGGUGCACGGCUACUGCAACCAGGUCAUGGGGGCCCUCAUCGCCGGCUUCGUCGCGCUCGUCGUCUACUUCCUCAUCAUCAUGCACUCCCUCCACGCGGUCACCGAUACCAUGUGCCCGUGCCAUUAGCUAGCAUUCUAGUGCUAUAUAUACCGUUGAUGAUCUAUGUACCGGGUGGUCUCGCAAAUUUCAGUAGUAGUAUAAUUUUUUGUGUUGUUCGGUGAUUUCUUUUGGUCAUGAUCGAUCAUCUUCUUCAUUUAGUCUCACGGACGGACCGAGGGCGAAAUGUGGCGAGUUGUUCGAGAAGAAAAUAUUUUGUUCGUUAUGCCGAUCAUGUCCUUAUUGGUGUUGAAGAUUUGAAAUGAUAGUAGUCUUGAACUCA